UUUUAGUAGCUAAGAACCAUGCCUGCUCGAACAGAAAGCACACGGCGCAGCGUGCAGCGCAGCAUGACAAACAGCCGGUCCAUCAGUAAGAAACACAAAACAGAUGACUCGUACAGUGAGACUAGUAAUGAUGAUAUGGACGAUGAUGAUGACACCAGGGACCGUAGGAAGUCUGCACUCCAGAUAAAUGCUGAUCUGCCAUCUGAGUACUGGCAGAUACAGAAGCUGAUCAAGUAUCUGAAAGGGGGUAACCCCACCGCUACACUCAUCGCUCUUUGUUCCCUGAGAGACUUUGACUUGUCACAAGAUAUAUGCCAGAUCGCUAUCAGGGAUGUGGAUGGUUUGGAAGCUCUGGUCAACUUGCUCGAUACUACUGAGAUCAAGUGUCAGAUAGCCUCGUUGAAGAUCCUGAAAGAUAUCUCCCAAAGUCGGCCAAUCAGCAGGUCUCUGACGGAUCUUGGUGCGAUUCAGUCCCUGAUUGGUCUUCUCUCCUCCACGGUACCCGACCUCCAGUGUCUCUCUGCGGAGACCAUCGCUAACAUCGCCAAAUUGACUCGUGCUCGGCGUCUCGUGCGCAAAGACGGCGGUAUAGGCAAGUUCGUAUCUCUGCUCAACAUUCCACCUAACACAAACAUUGAUAUACUGAAGGAGGACAAGCAAGCUGUUGAGCUGCUCAGAUGUGCUGCUCUGGGAUUGUGUUCUCUUAGCAAAAGCAAGAAAAAUAAAAGGAAAAUGAAGAGUUCAGGUCUGAUCCAGCAUCUCAGUAAACUGAUAACCCUGGAAGUAGAAACAAUAUUGGUACCAGUAGUAGCUACACUCAGUGAGUGUUCAGUUGACCCUGAAUACAGGGCUGCCAUAUGUGACGGUGGAAUUAUUCAGUAUCUCAGCAAAUUCCUUGAGUCAGAGAAUCAGGAACUAGUAUCACAUUGCGCGAAAGCGAUUUUCCAUUGUGCAGAAGACGAAAUUUGCAGAACACUCAUUCGACAACACGACGGAUUGGAACCUUUAGCCAGACUCAUCAAAUUUACAGAAAAUGUUGUCAUGUUAGAAGGAGUAACUGGAGCGAUAUGGAAAGUUGCUAUCGACAAGGAAAACUGCGAAAUAUUCAAAGGCCUCAAACUCUGUGAAUCUUUAGUUCCUUUGUUACAUAACCAGCCGGAGGAAGUCAUGAUAAAUGUGGCAGGAUCCAUCGCAGAAUGUGCCAAAAUUCCAGAAAACAUCGAACAGAUCAGAAAAGCAGGUGGGUUAACACACUUAGUGAAUCUACUGAGCGGAACAAAUCCUAUCCUCUUAAUAAACGUGGCACAUGCCCUUGGAAAGUGUGCUACUGAACCCGAUAGCGCCAGCAUUAUCGACAAAUAUGAUGGUGUACGAUUAUUGUGGUCGCUUUUGAAAUCACCCAAUCCUCAAGUUCAGUCCAGUGCUGCCUGGGCUAUUUGUCCGUGUAUCGACAACAACAAAGAUGCAGGAGAAAUGGUUCGAAGUUUAGUAGGUGGUUUGGAGUUGAUAGUCAGCUUAUUAAAAUCAGACAAUCGCGAAGUUUUGGCUAGCAUCUGUAGUGCAGUUGCUAAUAUCGCUAAAGACGAACAGAACUUGGCUGUAUUGACAGAUCAUGGAGUUGUUCCCAUUCUUUCAAAACUAGUCGUCGCUCAUGCCAAUGAUGAUUAUGUCAGAGGGCACAUAGCAGAUGCUAUCGGCAGGUGUUGCAUCUGGGGCAACAACAGGAAAGAGUUUGGUGCACGUGAUGUUGUCAAGCCUUUGGUAAAAUAUCUUAAAUCGAAAGACACAUUUGUGUACAAAGCUGCUGCCAUGGCACUUUUCCACCUUUCACUUGAACCAGAAAACUGUGUGGUGAUGCACGAGAACCACGCCAAACAGUGGCUCGUCAACAUGGUCGGUGAUGACGACUGGAAGCUCCAAGAAGCGGCUGCCGGCUGCAUCGCCAACAUCCGCCAUCUGGCUUUAGCAAACGACAUUGACCGCUCCCAGCGUUGAACAGAUGAACACUAAACAAACUGAAAUAUUUUGGUAUCACGAAUCUUUAAUAUUAAGAGAAGCUGAUUUUAUUUUUCCAGAGAGAUGUGUAAAUAAAUAUAUAUAUUGUAAAUAUGUAAUCAGUGUUUUUAUCACUUCAAAUUCACACGCAUGCCAAUCACAUAGUAUGAUCAUUUUCAAUACAUUGCUUCAUAGUUGUAUAGCUGUGUAAAUACUUAACUUAUGAAUUCAAAA